AUGGUAAUUGUAUAUUGUAGGUUGGUUAUUAUUUUGUAUGUUGCAAUGGUUGUUUAUGUGUCUUGCCAACACCAUAGAAGGAAGUCGGAAAAUUUUGAUAAAAUUGAAAAUACAUUGAUACAAAUAUUUUCUUUGAAAACCAAUUGGAAAAAAUUGUCGAUCUCAAAUGACAGGCCUAAUUUUCAAAAAUUAAAAUUCAUCCAAGGCCUGCGUUUCUAUAAUAUGCUUUUGGUGAUAUUUUGUCAUACCACGUGUAGCUAUAUCAACGGUUACGUUUCUAGCACUGAAUACAUUGAAUUGGCCUACAGAAACCAAAUAAGACUGUUCAUGGCCACGCUGUUUGUAUUCCUGGUGCAAACCUUCUUUUUGAUAUCGGCUUUUUUUCUGAGCUAUCAUGUUUGUCAAUCUAUGGAGGUGUAUCGAGAUUCCAAAUUGAGAUAUAUCGUUGUCACACUUCUGAAUCGUUAUUUAAGACUUCUGCCGCCUGUUUUUGUAAUGGUUUUCCUAUGCAAAUCGUCAUGGGUUGCAGGCAUUUUCCAAGGCCCUGUAAAGUCCUUUUACGUCGACCGAGAGUACGAAAGGUGCCAGAAAAAUUGGUGGGCCAACAUUUUAUUCGUCAACAAUCACUACGAUUACAACAACAUGUGUUAUCUUAUUACUUGGUACUUAUCCGCCGACACGCAACUGUACCUGAUGUCUUUGCUGAUAAUGUUGAUUAUCUGGAAAUUUCGUCAAAGAACUAAAAUUGUUUUGAUUCUGGUUAUUUUUAUAGGCAUUAUGAUUCCUGCGUUUAUGUGCUAUAAAUAUGGUUUGGACAUGAUUUACAGAAUAACCCCAGAGAACUCCAAAACCGAUAAAUUCAGAACGUUCAAAUUCAACGCAGUUUAUACAUCUACUUAUGCCAAUAUGGCUUCGUACAUGGUUGGUUUAGCCAUUGGUCGUUUUUAUUUUGCUUUGGACAAAGGAAAUGUUACAUUGUCUGGGAAACAUCUCCUAUUACUGAAGUGUGUCUUCUGUACUUUACCCAUUGCCAUAAUUUUAAUUUCCUCACAAGAAUAUUCUAGAACCAUCACCAUAGUUUUGAUAGGUUUAGUAAAGCCCUUGUACGCUUUAGGAAUUGGUGCUGGAAUUUUGGCGAUGUCCCAGCAAAAAACAGAUCUAGUGAAAACCGUUUGCGAAUUGCCUUGGGUAUUGUUUUUAGGCAAUUUCACUUACAGCACUUACGUGGUGCAAUUCGGCAUAGUGUUUUAUAGGACCGCUGCCGCUUACGAGCCAUAUUUUUUAUCGGAUUCUGUAUUGUUAACGUCAUUUUUUCAAGACGUAGUCCUGUCGAUAUUCUGUGGCUUUCUGAUGCAUAUUUUCUUAGAGAUGCCAGCGUUGCAGUUGCAAAAAAUGUUUGUACCUCAAAUAAGGCACAUUUCAUCUUCGAAACAAAAAUAA